AGCUCCAGUCCAAAAGCCCAAAGCUAUUACCCACACGCCACUCUCCAACUGUAUAAAUAAGUGGUUUUACCGGCAAAACCAAAAACUAUUAAGCUCUUGCAAAUUUGGGUUUAACAAUGGAGGAGUGUUUUGGCCUCUGUUCAUCGUUUCUCUAACAAAACCUCAAGGGUCUUUUUUUAAUAUAUAUAUAUAAUAUUUUUGACUUUGGAAGGUUGUUUGGGGAGGGGGAGUGAAAUUGAAUGGCGGUGGAGUACAAAUGUUGCGGAACGGAUUUCUUUAUUCAUAUAUUGGUAAUAGUAUUGUUGGUGGUGUUCGCGGGUUUGAUGUCGGGUCUUACUUUGGGCCUUAUGUCCAUGAGUCUUGUUGACCUUGAGGUUCUUGCUAUGUCUGGUACUCCCAACGAUCGUAGACAUGCUGCAAAGAUAUUGCCUGUUGUCAGAAAACAGCAUUUGUUGCUUUGUACACUACUUCUAUGCAAUGCUGCUGCAAUGGAGGCACUUCCCAUUUUCCUUGAUAGUUUGGUUACUGCUUGGGGUGCUAUCCUGAUAUCGGUGACCUUGAUUCUUCUAUUUGGUGAGAUAAUACCACAAUCUGUUUGUUCUAGAUAUGGUUUGGCAAUUGGUGCGAGAGUGGCUCCAUUUGUUCAAGUUCUUGUUUGGGUCUGUUUUCCUAUUGCCUAUCCAAUAAGUAAGCUGCUAGACUUGCUGCUGGGCCAUGGACAUGUAGCACUUUUUCGAAGAGCUGAGUUGAAAACCCUAGUAAAUUUGCAUGGCAACGAGGCUGGAAAAGGUGGAGAAUUGACACAUAAUGAAACGACAAUUAUAGCUGGAGCACUUGAGCUCGGUGCCAAAACAGCUAAAGAUGCCAUGACUCCUAUAUCUGAAGCGUUUGCAGUUGAUAUUAAUGCCAAACUUGACAGGGACUUGAUGAAUUUAGUUUUGGAGAAAGGGCAUAGCAGAGUGCCAGUUUACUACGAGCAGACUACAAACAUUAUCGGACUCAUUUUGGUAAAUAAUUUAUUGACAAUUCACCCUGAAGAUGAAGUACCUGUGAAAAGUGUUACUAUACGAAGGAUUCCAAGGGUUGAAGAAGAAUUGCCAUUAUAUGAUAUAUUAAAUGAAUUUCAGAAAGGUCAUAGCCACAUGGCCGUCGUUGUAAGACAGUGCAACAGGACAGAUGAAUCUCCUAGUAACCGUGAUGGGAGAACUAAUUUAUGCAUGGCUUCCAUUUUGGUAUUUAUUGCUCUAAUCUCUCUAUCUGUUCGCUUAAAAACAGGGCCGCUGCAAGAAGUUAGAGUCGACAUGGAUGCCGACAAACAUCCAAAAGAAAAAGUUUUAAGACGUAAACGUUCACUCAAGUGGAAGAGCUUUCCGGCUACAGGAAGAUCUUUUAAAGGUGGUUCUCGGAGCAAAAAAUGGACAAAAGGUACUGAUUCAGACAUCCUACAUCUAAAUGACAAUCCACUCCCAACGCUCCCAGAAGAAGCUAUCGGCAUAAUAACAAUGCAAGAUGUGAUUGAAGAGCUUUUACAGGAGGAGAUCUUUGACGAGACGGAUCAUCAUUACGAGGACUCAUAACAUAUAUUUUCCUAGUUUUAGAUAAUGAUGAAAAUAUAUAUAUACAGUAAUACAAACUUUAUGUGAAAAGGUGAUAUUGUUUUUUAUUUCCAGGUUUAUUUCUCUCGUGUCCUACAUUUUUCUCAAUAUAUGCAUAUGUAUACCUAUAGAAGCACAUGGAUUCAACAGUUCUAAGUUUAAACCAAA